CGUGUCCGAGGAGUCCUUUGACUGAUCAGCUCAAUCACGCGCUCGUGCCAGAUGAUCGUGGGGAUUCGGGAUCUGGUCCAUGAAUUGAUACAGGCAGAAGGCAAGCGGGCCAAUGUGGAGGAAGUUCUGGAUCUUCUGUAGCGCUGCAGGCGCGACGGGAUCGUCCCGCGCUCAGCGCUCAGCCGUCUAUGUACCUUGACCUGCUCCCUCAAGCCUCCUCGACCCGCAUACUACGGCCUCUGGUCUCUCCCAGGUCACUCACCGGGGUAGUACAUCCCGUUUCCGUUCAUGUCUCUUCAGUCACAUGGUCCCUACCUAGCGAUCUGCUAGAUAAGGGCAUGGUCGUGCCCCUCUCCGCACCCUACAUAAGACCGGUCACCCAGCAAAUUUAUAGCGAAGCUUGCUAGGAAGUGACAAAGAUGCUACUCAAGUCCAUCAUUGUCGUCUCUCUCGCUGCGCUGGGCAUCGCGAAACCACUCUUCAGGCUGCAGACUAGACAGAGUGCGGACAUUGGCUCCGACAUCGGCAUCGUCGGUUCACUCAUCUCCGAAGACUGUGCAUCGGCUUGCUCGGCAUUCACGCAGGAUGUUGAGGCAUGCCUCAACUCGAGUGGCGAUGACGUCGACGCAAUUUGCUACUGCAACAGUGAUGCAGUCGAUCAAGGACUCAGCAGCUGUGCAGAAUGUCUCGUAGGUGAUCCCUCUCUCGAUCUCGCAACGACCGAGCUCGUAUCAAGUGCAGCCUCCGACCUCGUAACCACUUGUGAUGCGGUCCUAGACAACAGCGAUAGUGACUCCUCUGCAUCCUCAUCAGCUGCCGACAUUUCACUUUCUGCAGUCCCCGUCACGACUGCCGACUUCACUGGCACACUGGCGGCAGCUACAAUUGCGGUUACAACCACCAAUACUCCAGCACCUCUCACAGUAACUGCAACCGCGACAGCACAACGCUCCAUGGCCACGAUACCAAGCAGAGGAAGCUCAACAAGCAGCGCAAGUAACCCCAUACACACCAAUGCAGCGAAGCGUUCUGGUAUCGAUAGCGCAGUAUAUGCGCUUGCUAUCUUUGGCUAUAUUUUGGUUUAGGCCGUGUCUUCAGACGCAUGGAUUCGCACUUGUAGAUUGCACGUGCUUGACGAUGUGCGCUAUGCAUCGAGUCUCUCCUCUCGCA